AUGGCGACAGAUGAUGCCGAGAUAGGCAAUGGCAAGCCAUAUGCACAUAUCGACGAUACUGGAAGUAGCAACAACCCAGCGACUUCCAUUCGGGAGGGCUAUGUUGGUCAACAGUCCUUGCCGAAGAGACUGUGGUAUAGCAUACGCUCUGAGUUGACAGAAACUCGAGGCGUUGCCAGAGUACCCCCUGAAGAGAAGCAGGCACCAUAUCUCUCGCGAUACAUCCAGAUGAUCUCGCUCUGGACCAGCGCCAAUCUCACCGCAAAUCAUGUCGCUCUCGGUCUGCUCGGCCCAAGCGUAUACGGUCUCUUCUUCCUCGACUCUGCUUUGUGCGCAGUCUUCGGCGUAAUGGUCGGCUCAGCAUGUACUGGCUACAUCGCAACAUUCGGACCUCAAUCUGGCUGUCGCAGCAUGAUCAUUGCCAGAUACUCCAUGGGCUGGUAG